AAGAUUGAACCGCACUGGCUUGAAAAUCUGGGUCCUUGUAAUUAACACCAUCGUUUUAAUGUGUGGAAAGGUACUCCAGUAAAAUAUUUGGGCAUCCAGUUGGAACUUGGUUUUGUCCGUUAGGUGGAAUCACGAUUGUCAACUGGUUGAGACGUCUUAUUCUAUCUCUAUCCCAGUAGCCAGGAAACAGCCCCCCACACAAACACACAGUAAACGAAGUACAGAUCUAGAUCUAGAUCUAGAGAGAGAGAGAGAGAGAGAGAGAGGGGUUCGUAAGCACUUGCCAAUGGCGUCCAAAAUCGUGCUGGCUUUGGUGUUCGUCUUCGAUCUGAUCGCGUUCGGGUUGGCCGUUGCAGCUGAGCAGCGCAGAAGCACCGCCACAAUCACACCAGACGCUAACGAUGAUUAUAACUAUUGUACCUAUGACUCGGACAUUUCCACUGGCUUUGGUGUUGGUGCAUUCUUGCUCUUCAUGGCCAGUCAAGUCAUUAUAAUGGUGGCAAGUCAAUGUUUCUGCUGUGGGAAAGCUUUAAGACCUGUUGGAUCAAGGACUUGGGCAAUUCUUCUUUUCAUAAUCUGCUGGGUAUUUUUCAUCAUUGGGGAGAUUAGCUUGCUAGCUGGUUCAGUGACAAAUGCCUAUCACACGAAAUACAGAACAAUAUUCGGUGGCAAUAACCUUCCAUCUUGCGAGCAGGUGAGAAAGGGAGUCUUCGGAGCUGGGGCAGCCUUCAUUUUCUUGAAUUGCAUAGUAUCCGAGCUUUACUAUGUAUUCUUUUCCAAGGCAAAGGAAAGCUUCCAGCCAUAUGGUGGAGAAGCUGCUGUCGGUAUGGGAACCUACAGAUAAGCUCAUUAACGGUGAUUUUGGCCGUUGGUACAUUGUGCUACAUACUGUGUUUUACUCUUGACUCUCUGCAUCAAUUCAAUUGCUACAUUGUCUGUUUGUUUAUUUUCUUUUGAGAUUUGAUACUUUACGUUGACACAGCAGGAGUGUAUCCCGUACCACAAUGUUGUUUUGUUCUUGAUUCUGUGCCCAUUUUGAAUUAGAUGUGACUUGAAUUUUCA